CUCUCUCUCUCUCUCUCGUUUUGUUUUUAGUUAUAAAGUGUAAAAAAAUAUGGGUAAUGAAAGUAAGAUUCCGGAGAAUAAGAAGAAAAAUGGUUCUUUUCGGUCCAUAUUCAUGCAUGCUGAUAGUUACGAUGCCUUGUUGAUGAGUUUAGGGUUGUUGGGAGCCAUUGGUGAUGGAAUUUCAAUGCCAGUUACGUUUUUAGUCACUAGCAAACUCAUGAACACUUUUGGCAGCGCAACCAUAUCACUCACUCAAAAUUUCACUCAACGGAUUAACGAGAAUGCAGUGCUUUUGUGUUACAUGGCUUGUGGGCAAUGGGUUGCUUGUUUUCUUGGUAG